AUCACAGGGACUAAACUAAUAGUUCCAUCUGCUUUUUUUGUUGCUUCUUGUGGAUUUGUAAUGAAGAGGACUGCCUGUUAUAUAGCAUUCUUCUGAUGAAGUGCUGGUGGGAACAUCUCAUGCAUCUGCCAGAUGACUUGAGCGAGAUGGGUGUUGUACUCUCCAGAGUGAAUAACAGUUAUACAGCGGCCUCCGGGGAGCCUGUGAACACAGUGCAAACAGUGAGCAGCAUUUCCAACAGGGAGGUCAAUAGCACAGACAGCGAACACUCGUCAGUCAUACCCAUUCAGAGCAAAGUGUGCGAGCCAGAGGAAGUGCUGAUUCCUGCUCUGCCAGAGGUGGCCUGCAUGGAACGAGGCUAUGUCACCCCACAGCAGGUGUACAACCUAUUGAACGCAGAGGAAGGCCAGCCCGCCCUCUACGAUCCCUACUACAUUCUCGUGUUGGACUGCCGCAGCGCAGACAGGUACAAGGACAGCCACGUGGUGACAGCACGGGCCAGCGUGACGGUGAUCCACCCAGCGCUGGGAUGUCUAAUCAGCUGCAUAGAGCUGCAGAAGUAUUGUAUAAUACUCCUGUACGCGGAGUAUGGAUGCAGUCCAGUUGGGAGUGUAAAGGCCCGGGCCGAUGCCCCUGAUCUCCAGCGCUGCUUUUUCCAGCUCAGCGAUUUAGGAAUGGACCCCGUCAUCCUGCUGGGAGGAUUCUCAGCCUUCCAUGCCCUCUACCCUUUCCUUUGCACACCACGUAUGGUCCUCGUGGAACCCGAGAGGCACAUGCUCACCAUCUACCCAUCGGAGAUUCUGGAAGGCGCUCUUUACCAGGGCUCUGCCACCCAGGCAUCAGACUACCGCAUCAUCAAGAACCUCCACAUCACACACGUGGUCAACGCAACGGCCAACUGCCCCAACGCCUUCCCCAACACACUGUGCUACUUGAGGCUGAGGCUGACCGAUGACGGCCAGCAGGAUCUGGUGGAGGCGCUGCCACUGGCGUCCAGGUUCAUCAACGCGGCGCUAAAGGCCGACCCGGCGGGUCGAGUCCUGGUCCACUGCAGCAUGGGGCGGAGUCGCAGCUCGGCGCUGACGCUGGCCUUCCUCAUGCAGCAUCGACAGUGGUCGCUGCUGCACGCCCUCCGCUGGCUGAAGGAAAGGAGAGCUUGCACGGCGCCCAAUUUGAACUUCCUACGCCAGCUGAUAACCUAUGAAGAGCAGCUGUUUGGGAGCAGACUCACAUCACUGGACGACAUCCGCAGAUGACUCAGAAAGGAAUGGAUACACUGGAUGUUUUGUCCUACACGUUAAAGUGUUCUACAGUUUUUCAGGAUAGAGCACAGUGGAAUCUCUAAAGUUGAACACCCCUAAGGUUGAACAAUUCAAAUCUCAACCCCUAUUUUCUGGAAAAUUUGCUUUGAAUGUCGUACAAAAGCUUUGAUUAGAUUUUCAAUGAGAUGUUACAAUAUACAGCGGAACCCGUUUAUGUCGAUAGCCCGUCUGUGUCGACCAACUCAUUAAGUCUGUGUUCUUAUUACUAAAAGUGUGUGCUUAAGCCAAAGUCGACGUACAUGGCCCACCGCUUUUGUUGACAUCAAAUUUGAGACCCGAAUAUUUCUAUGGAAAAUCUGUCGGUUUAUGUUGACAUUGGUUGUAGUAUUGUUUACUUCCUCAUUAUUGCUAAGCAGCGUGGAACAGCAACAUAAAUACUGGCACUGCAUUAAAACGUGCACACAGUGACUUGUAAAGGUGACAUGUUACAAGCGCAAAUGUAACGGCUCUGUGAUUAAAGGUUCAGACACCUCCAAACAUCUGCACUACAACAUCAUCUGAAGCAACUCAAUGUUUAGUUUUUAAUAACAUGACAAAAACCUAAAACCUUAAAAGUAAAAUACAUGUACUCACCGGAGAUGACAAUUCCUCCUCCUCAAUCAGCCGUUGUGACUGUAACUUUGCUUGUUGAACCAUUUGGCUCUGAUCAACCAAUCAGAGGACAGAAAAGUGCUGAUGUCACUGUGGGCUGGCUAGCUGGCCCUGAGAUGUGACUCUCAAGUCUGAUUGGCUGAAGAAAAAACAGCCCCACUGCUAAUAGUGUGUAUGUGACAUGGGCCAGCACUCCUGAUUCUGAAGGCCGUGGGCAGAUUACAUUGAUAUGGCAACACAUAGAAUGUGAAAUCUGAUAGGACAAAAAAAUCUGACAUCCACAUACACUACUGGAAGCACUGCAGCCAAGGAUCACGCUGCUAAAUGAAGAUAAUAAACUGCUGGGAAUAAUUUAACACAAUCUUAUGUAACAAAUACUAGAAUUUAAGGUGUAAAUGUAUGUCAGUGCUCCUUGUAAUGGUUAGGCCAGCAGAGAAGGCUUUGCUGGCCUGACUGCACACCACUGCUCUGGCGAAUGUCACAAGUAAAUGUGCACACAGUGGUUACUUUCACUUUUGAUAGCGGUUAUGUUGACAACCCGCUAAUGUUGACAACCGCUGUCGACAUCAGUCAGCCAGCCCGAGGGGCGCUGACGUAAAUGUGUUCCAUUGUAGAAGCAUGAAAGGAUUAAUUCUGCGUGUUAUGUUAUUUUUGGGCAUUUUUUGUGACCCCGUACGCCAAAAGAAGGAGCUUCAGCCCAAGAGAAAAACAACAUAUGAAGUUAGGUGACUCAAAUUCAAAGGUGAGUUAUCAAAGUUAAGGUACAGUGAUUUGGUGCUGUUACAUUUGACGGGGACUAGCUUCUUUUUACACUUGUGUGACAACUACAAAUGUUCAUGAGAUGCUUGACGAGCAUCAGUGACGUAACUCAUCUUCGCUUUAUGCCUUUAUCAUUAGUUAUGACUGAGUGUUGCUAUUGUUUUUUACGCUUUACAAUAACAGAGCUUAACUUAUAUUUACACUUUUACACCAUGCGCGUUAAGAAUGUUAAAAUGACCUGCGGUUUGCUGGAAAAAUACGCCUCCAAAGUCGUGCACAACUUUGAAUCGCCAUCAUGCAUGACUUUGAGAUGUCAACAUAUCGAAGCGUACUUCAUGAGACCAGCAAGCACCAAAGUACUAAUUUACUUUGUGUCCCUUAUUCCAAAACGAAGGAGCAGCCUCAACAAAGCUAUCCGAGGAAAUCUCCAGUCACCAUGUGAUCACCCGUUACAUUGUUUUGUUGCUUGUACAUUUAACAGCGCUUCACUUAUCCUUACACUUGAGUGCCAAUUAAGAAUGCUCAUAAGAAUGCUCGAGAAGGAUUUGUAACACUCACUCUUAGACCUUUUUACACUACUUUAUUUCAUUGUUUUACUGUUUUUGCAUUUUACUACAACAGUAAUUAACUUUCUUUUGCACUUGUCUUGCCAUUUUCAUAUAUUUAAAACAAAUAUGACAUACGGUAUGCUUUUUUCUGAUGAAAAAAGUUGUUCGAGAGGAGAAAGUGUCCAAAAAAAGACA